AUGGUCCACACGGAACUCAACAGCGAGGAGAGCUUCAAGAACGCGCUUUCGACCCAGGGCAAAUAUGUGCUCAUCUACGCACACGAGGAUGGCGUUAGCGAUGUUGCGGAGAAGUACUCCGAGCAGAACGCCGACAAGGUCGAUUCGUACCAGGUCGACCUGACCAAGAAUCCACAUGUCAAGCACAUCAUGGCCAUGGAGUCCUGGCCUACUGUUGUCGUCUUCAAGGAUGGUCAAGAGGUAAAGCGAGCAGUCGGUGCGAAGCCAGAGGACAUGCAGGCGAUCGGUGCUCUGUUCGCGUAG